AUGUGUCCCCUAUGUAAUUACUGUAAAACAGAUGUGGAAGCACAAGGAGCUCUGGAAAGCCAGUUCUCUAUUUUUAGAAAUGUACCUGCAGGCUCGUUCUUUUUCUCCCUUCUCUAUGAGCCAUUAAUCAAGCUGUCCUCCUCAGUGACGGGCCCAUUAAAGGAGAAGCAGAUAGCGUACGUGUGCAGAGAAACCCUCCAGGGUUUGUAUCACCUGCACGAAACUGGCAAAAUGCACAGAGACAUAAAGGGAGCCAACAUCCUUUUGACAGAGAGAGGAGAUGUGAAACUGGCUGACUUUGGAGUGGCAGCAGAGAUCAGUGCCUCCGUAGCCAAAAGGAAGUCUUUUAUAGGAACUCCCUACUGGAUGGCUCCGGAGGUGGCUGCAGUCGAGAAGAAGGGUGGCUACAACCACCUGUGUGACAUCUGGGCCGUCGGCAUCACCGCCAUCGAGCUGGCGGAGCUCCAGCCUCCCAUGUUUGACCUCCACCCAAUGAGAGCGCUGAUGUUGAUGUCCAAGAGCAGCUUCCAGCCUCCAAGAGUAAAGGAUAAAACCAAAUGGUCGGCAGGUUUCCAAAGCUUUGUGAAGAUGUCUCUCAUUAAAAGCCCUCGUAAACGGCCCUCAGCUGAGACGCUGCUGCAGCAUCCGUUCGUGACACAGCUCCUGACCCGCAACCUGGUCAUUGAGCUGCUGGACAUGGCCAACAACCCUGAGCUCCACACAGGCCACACGCACAGCAUGGACGACAGCGAGCUGGAGGUUGGGGAAGUGGCUCCUGACAAGAUUCAGUCAGCAGGGAAACACCUGCCUAUAGAGAGGACCCUGUCUGAAGAACAAUUCGACCAAGUGAAGUUUGGGCCUCCGCUGAGGAAAGUCACUGAGCCUUAUCCCGAUUUGCAGGGCUCCUAUGAUGAUGACUGGAGUCUGUCUGGAGGCGAAGACAACUCAACGAGCCUGUUGGAAUGUGUGGAGCAAGCUCUGCAGCUGAGGAGUUUAACCAUUAGAAGGGCGCCAUCUACUGAUGGAGGUAGGAAGAGUGGUUUAUUCAGUCCGUCCACAGCAUCGCUGCCAGCCUUCAGCGCCUUAACUCCCAACACAGUGGACAGUGAACUGACGCUGAGACCCAGCUGCACACUGGGACCCGACGCUGCAGUCGCGGCUGACCCCACCUCCACGACAGGUACAACACGUCACAAACCACUUCCCCUCCUCUCUCCUGUGUUUGAAAAGUGUUGGCCAGGUGCUCGGCCACACAGGACAUCAGACAGCGCUGCAGCGAUCCAUGCCUGCCAGGGGGGGGACGCUGCAGCAGCGGCAGAGAAGAGGAAGGUUGCCAACGUUUGCUCUCCGAAAAGAGAGACGCCACUUUCACCCGAAUGGAGCACGCUGAGGAAAAAGACCGAGGACGCUAGGGCUGAUUGUCAUGGACUUCCUCCUACCCCUCAAGUCCAUAUGGGAGCCUGUUUCUCCAAGGUCUUCAACGGUUGUCCUCUUAAAAUCCACUGUGCCGUCACAUGGGUUUUACCCAAGACGAGAGAUCAGUACCUGCUUCUUGGGGCAGAGGAGGGCAUCUACACACUGAACCUUAAUGAACUUCAUGAAGACACACUAGAGAAGCUGCUCCCUCAGCGAUGCACAUGGCUGUAUGUUAUGAACAACGUGCUGAUGUCCGUAUCAGGGAAGUCCUCCCAGCUUUACUCCCACAGUCUGGCCGCUCUGUUUGAACAGAGAGGACACCUGCAGAAGAAACACGGCAGUCUGUCGCUCAGCACCAGCCGCUUCACCGAGAAGAUCAGCUCCAGCCACAGAAAGUUUGCCACGUCUGUGAAGAUCCCCGACACUAAAGGCUGCAGGAGAAGUAGUGUAGCACGAAACCCGUACACAGACAGCACAUUUCUCUGUGGGGCAGUUCCAUCUGGCCUCGUUCUUCUUCUGUGGUAUGAGCCUCUGCAGAAGUUCAUGCACCUAAAGCACAUCGCGAUGAGGCUGCCGGACUCUCUGCCCAUAUUUGAGCUGCUGGUGUUGGUGUCGGACGAGUUCCCUCAGCUGUGCGUCGGGGUGAGAGACUUUAGCAACGGGAAGCUGCCAAUCAGCCAACAGCUCAAGUUUGAUAUUAUAGAGCUGAACAGCACGCAUAUCUCAGCACCAGAUAGCGGAGCACUCGGGGCAGUGCAGGUGACCCAAAUGGACAGAGACACUGUUCUCAUCGCAUUAGAACAAACUGUGAAGAUAGUGAACUUGCAAGGGCUUCCAUCCAAAGAGCUGGCCGCUGAGAUGGUCUUCAACUUCCAGAUCGAAACUCUAGUCUGCUUGCAGGAUAGCGUGCUGGCUUUCUGGAAGCACGGCCUCAAAGGGAUGAGUUUUCAUUCGAAUGAGGUGACACAAGAAAUUACAGAUGCGAGUCGAGCAUUCCGAGUCUUGGGAACAAACAGGGACAUCAUCCUCCAGAGCACACCAACAGACGAGCCCUCAGCACUCAGCAACCUGUACAUCCUGACCGGACAUGAAAGCAGCUACUGAGAGAGAAAAAUACGGGUCAACUUCUUCAGCACUCACACUAAAGAGAAAUGCAGAUCAGUUCUAUAACCCAGUGGCGGAAAACCAAGCCGCAGCAGACCCCAGCACUGACUGUCUAUGCGUGAUAAAUGUCAGUAUGAAAUUCAGUUUCCCAUCCAGACUCAAACUGUAAGCGGUCUGGCGACACGUGUACAAGAGACAAUUUCUAACUCUUACGUCUGCUGAUUAAAGCUGCAAAAGCCAAGAUUUUCAUGUCAAACAAAUGUUCUCUUCCCAUCUUAAAUCCCAGAGAGACUGCUGCAGGGAGCACAGUUCCAUUCCUGAUAAUUGAGAUCUACUGCUGUCAGAUUGUAGAAAAUCGUGGACAUGAUAUCUGUGACAGCACUCAUACGUUUCUGAACUGUUGUUUUGAAGCUUUUAUUUGUUUACUGCUUGCUGCCGUCUUUGUCAGUCACUGGAACCAGGACAUUUAGUCAAAUAGGAGGAACCAAAUGCGAUAGGCUGAGACGGUCUGUCCAUCAAUCACACAAAUCAACCUUAACAUCCCCUUAAAGUAAUAACGUUUCUCAAAAAAGCCACAAGGAUGCACUGUAAAGGAAGUGAAAGCAUUUUCUUUUUUCAUUGGUUGAACUGCAGCUUCAUCACUCAGAUAAUUUUCUGGGUAUAUGUGUCUGUCCACACAGUAAUGCUGCGUUCAUGUCAUGUCGAAGUUACUGUAAUUAAUGCUUUCGCUUCCAGUCAACAUUCAAGUCACAACCGUGAAAGUCAGAUUAUUCAGAAAGCUCUGAAUUUAUCUAAGUUGGUGCUCAGUGAUACAGAAGCCAAAGUAUGGGGCUAGUGGAAAGUUGUCUAAUGACGUGAAUGCUCCAAAUUUGUAAACAUGGAAAUCUUUCACACUUCUACCAUCCAUCCCAUAUGACCUGAACGCGGCAUAUACUGUAUGUCAACUAGCUACGGAAGAUGAUUAGGGCGACAUGAGAAAUGUUAAUUUGAGUUUAAAGUGGGAAUUCUGAGGCUGUAUAGUGAGUUUGCCAUUUAUUACCGCUGUUCCCAGUGUAUAGUGAGAAUUAUUAUACCCUAUAUGGUGGACUAAAUGUAUCCCACAAUGCAUCAUGAAAAGUAGUGGUCACUAACCAGGCACUAUAAACCAUUAUGCAUUGUCUGCGAUGAAGGAAAAAUGUUGAGAGGAAAGAGCAGUACGACUGAGACAAACCCAUGAGUUGUGACACAAACAUCCACAAAGUAUUUAUUAAAUAUGCUUAUUGUCCUCGUAUUCAUUGACAUCUGCAGCGCACACCGCUUUACUCCUUCCAUUCUUACCUUUCACAAUAAAAGCCCUAGCAAUAUACGCAGCAUCACUAGUUACCAGGGGGAACUUAAAUUCACUCAGAGCAUUUCGCUAAGAGGCAACUCAACAAAAAAGCUGAGAAUAUGUUUGUUUUUUCUCACAAAAAUGUAUUUAUUAUGGACUGUCCAUCAGCUGACGUUGAUCUGGCACGGUUCAAGUGUGCAACAGCAGUGAAAAUGACCCAAGUACACAAUAUCUCAAGAAUGGCUGUAUGAACUCAUUUGAUUUUGGAGGUCAAAGGUCAAGAUAAAUGUGACCUCUCGUCCGUCCCAUUCUUGUGAUAUCGCUGGAACGCCUUGAGGGGGAUUUCUUCAAAUUUGGCACUAACGUCCACUUGGCCUCAAGGAGGAACUGAUUAUAAUUGGAGGUCAAAAGUCACUAUGACCUCUUAAAACACGUUUUUUGGCCAUAACUCAAGAAUGCAUGUGCUAAUUAUAAGAAUUUCACUCAAUUACAUUUUUCACAUGUGGCGCUAAUCAUCUUCCGUACGAGCCAAAGCAGCACUAAGUGAUUUUAGUUGAGGAUUCUCCAUCACUCAAACAGCAGAUUACUUUUGGAGUACCUGCCUUGUUUGGUUUGUUUAUUAAAGGAAUACGUGAGGUGUUCAGGUUCAUUAUGAAUAGUCGGUACACUAAUCUAAAUGUAUGAAAUCAAUUUAAAAAGAGGACUCCAUACUGCUCCUAAUGAAAGAACAUGUCCGUGAUAUUUAGAUUAUCGGCUUGAAUAUUACAAAGAGUGUAUAACCCCUCAAAUGUAAACUUACCCGAGACCACAUCAUUCUGAAAAUCGAAUUUAAAUGUAUUUUAAUGUUCGUGAAUGUGCCGCCAUGUUGAGAGAGGCUGAGUCCUGUUCUAUAUGUGAACCUGAAGUGUUCUUUCGUUGCCGUCAGUUACCCAUUGGUGCCAAACAACUGUGUCCCUCCUCCCUCCUUUAUUAAUUCAACUUAAACAUAGGCUAAACGUACAUUUGAUUACAUGAGGUGCCAUAGAAACUGAAUGCAAUUAAAGUGUACUUCUACUAGUUUGACUAAAAUUUAAAUUCCACUACAUGAGAGUUUUGUGCGUAAUGAUAUUUGUUAUUUAUGGAAAGGGAACUGUACAAGUAACACUCACCUUUCCCUGAGACAUACUUGAAAGACAUAAUAUGCAUAUGGAUAUUUGUUUUUUUAAGACGUUUUUAUUGUUAUUGUGUAUACAUUUUAAGUAUAUAACAAUACAGUAUGCCUUUACGGUAUAAAAGGGUUGUAAUAUGCACAAUAAAGAUUUUAAUAUCCUUUCAAGCUGAAGUAUACGUUUCAUUGUCGUUACAAAGAUUCACUUGUAGCCUCAACAGAGGUUUAGUCAACUGUCAGAAUACAGUAAUGCUCAAAACUUUAUUUUCCAUUUCUGAACAGGAAAAAAACAACUCUUAAUGUUUUAUUUUAUCUGGGAGCUUUUGGAAAUUGUAAGCCCUAAGGGGUUUCAAUUACAUGUAAGAAUAUCUUUAUUACAAGCCUUUGUGAAUGUAAUAUUUACUCCACGAUAUGUUUUGCUGUCAAGUACGUAAGAAACCAACAAAAGAUAUAACUCAAAAGCAGUGGUGGGCCGUGCAUUUCAUA